AGGUGACCGAACGGGAAAUUUGGUCGAGGAAAGUGCUCUGGAGACGCAGCUAUGUCUCAGAUAAAUGAUCGAUGUCUUGAAUGUUUACCGCGGAUGCAACAUUGGAUCUAGCUUAUGUUUGAAUCAGAUUUCUGACUGCGAUAUUUUGGAGAGAUUACGUUCUUUAAACCGAGUCUUCUGAAAGGGAACUGACAACAUGCUAGCCACGGUGACUGCUGUGGUUACAUUGGCUCAGUACAAUGACACAGUGUCACCUACACCUCUGGAGAACACAUCUGUAUUCCCAACUGAAGGUCAAGCCAACAUCACCAAGCCUCACAAAUGUCUACAAGUCCUAUAUGAAGAUAUCGGAGACUCCAGGGUGCGCUUCUGGGACAUCCUGCUGCUGGUGCCAAAUGUGGCUUUUUUCAUAUUCUUGAUGUGGAAGCUUCCUUCAGCGAGGGCAAAAAUUCGACUCACUUCCAGCCCUAUUUUUGUCACCUUCUACUUGCUGGUCUUUGUUGUCGCAGCAGUUGGAAUCACUCGCGCUAUUGUUUCCAUGACUGUCAGCGCAUCCAGUGCAGCCACCAUUGUGGACAAAGUGCUGUGGGAAAUCACCCGCUUCUUCCUGCUUGCUAUUGAGCUCAGCGUCAUCAUCCUGGGACUCGCCUUUGGUCACUUAGAGAGCAAGUCUAGUAUAAAGCGUGUGUUGGCUAUUACUGCAGUGUUGGCAUUGGCAUACUCUAUUACACAGGGAACAUUAGAGAUACUGUAUCCAGAUAGUCAUCUGUCUGCUGAGGACUUUAACAUCUACGGUCAUGGAGGACGGCACUUCUGGUUAGCCAGUUCCUGCUUCUUCUUCUUGGUUUACUCUCUGAUUGUUGUCCUUCCUAAAACCCCAGUAAGAGAAAGGAUAUCACUGCCAUCCAAAAGGAGUUUCUACGUGUACGCAGCUAUCCUGUCUUUGCUGAACUUUGUUCAGGGUUUGGGCAGCGCUUUGCUGUGUGCUGGGAUUAUACAAGGACUUUGCUGCGUGGAUGUCACCACCUUCCUGUAUUUUUCUGCCUUUGCUCCGCUCAUUUAUAUCACAUUCCUCAAAGGAUUCUUUGGUUCGGAGCCAAAGAUCCUGUUCUCCUACAAAUCACAGGUGGAUGAACCGGAUGAAAGCGACGUCCACCUUCCUCCAACCGUCGCCGCGACCCUUGGCCGCAAGGACUUCACCGACCAGGGCCUGUACUACUCUUCCACCCAGAUAGAUGGGGCCGGUCCCGGCAGCUCUCGCGUGGUCGGAGCGUACCUGGACGAUGUCGCGUCGGGACCCUAUGGGUCGAACAGCAUCAACAGCAUCGAAGCCGACCGUUGGAGACCUAUCAAUGUGUGAAAGGAUUCACGGCCACACUGCUGAAGUAUUGUGUGGACGAAAAGAGUUUGGCAGGACGAAAAGAGUUUGGCGGGACGGAGAUCAGAGAAGUGUUGCUGAGCCAGUUGCCUGAACAACAAGAAACUAUGAUCUUGGCCUUUCUUUGAUGCCAGAAUAGUUGAAUCAAAUAGACACAUGGAGACUGUUGCUCCUCGCCAAGGUUGCGCUCUCUAUUGAUUCUGCUCCACGGGCCCUUCGAUGUUAGUGCUUAUCAACUUGUCUCAGCACAUGUAUUCUAACUCCAGCACUAAAUAUCAACUCCUCAGUUCUUAUUUAUGCAGUUUGAAGCCAGUUUUAGAUGCCUGAUUUUGCUAAAUCUAACGUGUGAUUUAGUAAUGCGACACUUGUACGUUCUUGCCGAAAGGUUUGAGACCCAGCAUAUGAAGGAGUUAAUGUGCUGUUUUAUACUGUUAGGAGUUGUUGCUGAGAUAGGCAGUCGUUGUGUUUUUGAGCACAAGCAUUUAGUUAAACACAAGCGUUAAAAGCAUCUGCAACACAGUAACAAUCCUGAAAAGAAAUUGCAAUUCCAUGAGAAUCUUUGUAUACUUUGAUUGUGUUCAUACUUUAUCAUUUCUGCCUUUGCUUUAUAUUUUUUUUUAUACAAGGAAAAAAAAAACAAACAUCCCUGCCUAUUCAUAGACACCUGUGGGCUUUGUAGAUGCCGUAAGAAAAUUUUUGCGUGACCUAAAUAGCAAGCCUGCUUCUGCUUGUUCCCAAACCUUCUUAUGUUUUCUUCCUUUCUUUUUCUUUUCAGAACUUGCAAUAGUGUGUCUUUGAACAAGAGGCUGCUAGUGCAGUUUAUUUGAUGUGUUAAUUCAGGACCAGCUGUUGUGAGACCAGGAACGAUAUUGCUCAGUCUUAACGUAUUUAAGAUAGUGUUAAAGUCUUGUGAUAUAAUUAGAGUUUUUGAUUUCCAGUGAGCAAAGAGAAAUCAUAAUGCAGGGAAUCUGAGGAACUUUCCUGUUUUCCUUUUUAAGAAAAAAAAAAAUAGUUCAGUUCCUUGCCCAUUUAUUUAAAAGAAAGUCUUAUACCUUUUUGUAUGUAUUCAAAUACAUACCAGCUGUGGAAUAUAAUUCAAAUUUUCCCCCAAAAGCGCAGUGUUUCCUAUGGAUGACUUGCAUAUUUAACUUUUUAGUUUCAUUUGGUUGUGAUUUGCAUCCAGAAAGUAUUAGGUUAUUUAAAAAACUAAAAAAAAAUAAAAUACUACGCAAAGUAACAAUACAGUACAGAAAGUAUGUUUUUGAAAGUAUUUGUUUGACUUUGAAAUACAUGAUGUACAAUUACAAUUGCUGCUGAAUGAUGGCGACAAGCUUGGGAGAAAAGUUAUUUUUUUUCUUUCUUGACUUUAAACGGUGCAUUAUCAAGAAACAAAAUUCUUUUUAGACACCAAAUCUUUCAUAGUGAAGUUUUGCAGGUGGUGCUUUAAUUACAGUGUGUUGGCCAUUCCAUGUGCUGCAAAAUAAACUCUGGACUUUUU